CAGUUUUGUUUAUUGUUGACUCAAAUCUAACACUAAGGGAAUAUUAAGGUUGCUGAUCUCUUUAUCAUAAGCAGAUAUACCUUCUUGAUCCAGGAUUCAUGAUGGUUUGUCUUAUUAUACUUGUUACCUUAGCAUCUGAUUGUUCUGUGCUUGAUCUUGUGAUGUAACGUAAAUCAUGAAUGAGCCAGUAUUUUUCUUCAUACUCUCGCUGCUUCCUAAAAUUUUGCAAUUUUACAUGGUAAACUUAUUACAGAAUUUAGGCGUCUUCUUGUGAUGAAUUGAUAAUGCUAUGCACAAUGGAUUGACUAUGCACAUUGCACAAACAACUACAAAGCCAGCUUUGACAAAAAUGAUCUUAUACUCCUAUUGAUUCAAAAUGUUAUUAAGGUAUUAGUCUCCCAAGACUUAUCUUGAUAGAAGUCUCAAUAAUUUAUCGGUUGAUAGGCUUACAAUUGUAACUAGUAAUAAUUUUUAUGCUGAUAGACUUAUGUUGAUGGACUUAUAUUGAUAGUAGUCUCCAAUGUUUUCUGGUCGACAGGCCUGUAGUACUAACUUGCAGCGAUAGGUCCAAUAUUGCUUUGGUCUCUGCCUCCUGCAGAAGACAGGUAAUUUUUCCGAGAGGAAGUUAACUUCUUGUUUGAAAAGUUACUGUAUGCAAUAUCCAUUAUCAUCUACAUCGGCUUCUGCAUGCCAGAGGAAAAUUAUGUUCAAUCCUAGCAGAGUUUUGCCUUAAGCAGACAAAGUACGAGUUAGAAAUUCUCUUACUUUUGUUCCUUGCCCCUAUGUCACAGAUGAGAAGACAUAGUUCUCAAGAUUCUACAAAAACUCCCCUCGAAAUCAGAUUCCGAAGUGUUUGCAAGUCUUGGUACACUCUCAUCACCCAUAGCCAUGAAUUUCAGCUUUGUCACCUGAAUUCAAAAAGCACUCAUCCUCGUCGUUUGGUUUGUUUUAUGCCUCGAAAUUUUUUUCCAGUACAUACAACAGAUUGUUUCUGGGUUUUUGAUGAAUCCCUCACUUCUAAAAAGCAUUUACCAUGCCAUCUUCCUUUGGAAGAUCGAGAACCUGGAAACUUCUGGAAAACGCAAGUAAUUGGAUCAUCCCAUGGGGUUUGUUGUCUUUUUCAUCCCGACGGAGAUUAUUAUCAGCCAGAAAGAAGAUGGAUGCAAGAGAAAUACUUCAUGUUUUUGUGGAACCCUUCUAUUAGGAAAUAUAAGGUGGACCAUCCACUACAUGUCCCUUCAAGGGAUAGAUACAGAACGAUGAGUAUGUUGAUGGGAUUUGGAUAUGCCUCCAAUGAUCGUGAUCACAAGAUUAUUGUAAUCACCACAGAUGAACACGGCAAGGAUCGUGUUUUCCUUUACUCUCUAAGGACGAGUUCUUGGACUGAAAUCAGACUCAGAGCAAAACUUAAAUAUUGGGGACGUCUUGUAACGGAAGAUGACUCUGGGACUUAUUUCAAUGGAGCUUUUCACUGGGUAGUUUAUACCAGUGAUAAAAGCAAGGGAGUAAUAAAUUGCCCGGAUAAUUAUCAUAUAAUGGUGUGCUUCCAUGUCGAGAGGCAGGAGUUGUACUACUUCGACCUAGUACCAAUGCAGAUGGAACCAUACAAAGGUCAAGGUCGGUCUUACCAACCCCUUGUUUACAAGAACAUGCUCUCGAUUUGUGACAUAAUGGGGUAUGAGAUUCCAGAUGAUCCUACACCCCUAAGCAUAAGAUUGUGGUGUAAGAAGGCAUAAAGGAACACCAGUUCUUGGACUCUUUUGUUUGAAGUGCAGACACAGGAGGGUUGGUUGUUCCGCCAACUCCUCUAUGGAGCAUACUAUGAUGGAGACGAUGACAAUGAGGAUCCAUCUUUGCUAGCUAAAGAUUUAGUAUGGACGUUUGACCCUCAUAAUCAACAACUUAAGCCACUCCCUACAAAAACUGGUGUCGUUAAUCAAUUAAUUCCAUACCAGGAAAGCCUUAUUCUUUUGUGAUAAUUUGCUACUGAUUUUUGUUUUGGAUCUUGCUCUUUUCAUCAAUUUAUUGUGGAAUUUUUAUUUAUAGUUUUUGCCAUUGUUAUUCUUCUUUUGUUGCGAUGACAAUUUAGUUCUCUUUGUUAAAUUGCUAAAGAUUUAAUAGUUCUCUUUUUUUAAAUCUUUAGCUUUUAGUAGUUUGAGUGAUCUCAUUACUCAUCAAGGAAAGUACUUAGUAUGCUUUAUGAACCCGAGAUAUGUAACACUUGUUGACAUUACAUAUUUAAAUUUGCAUUAUGAA